AUGAGUAGUAUCAAUGAUUGUAUUGUAACAACAUCACUAACAACCACACCGUCGUCAACUACAUCAUUAGAUUUAGCAUCAUCAUCAUUGCCUCCAUACCCAAGUAAAUAUGUUAUGUCAGUUAUUGUUCCAAUAACUACUAUAAAACAAGAUGCGGAUGAGGGUGAAAGAAAAGAAGGUGAAGAAGGAGAUCAAGCAACUGGUGAUAACAAUAGCAUUGUAAUUGAUAUUAACAACAACAACUACUACAAUAAUGACAGUGAUGUGAUGAGUGAAAUUAUGAGUGAAAUAAACGGUGAAAAAUAUUAUAAUGGAAUUAAAGUGCCUCCUUUAGGUGCAAGAAUCAUACCAUUAGAAAGACAAAUGGAAAUCAGCAAAGAACUAUCUGAAAAACAAAACUAUCAUCAAUAUUAUGAUAAUCAAUCAGAUUAG